ACGCCAGUGUAGGACACGAUACUUAGGAUAUACAACAGAUGGCGCUUGCAUCGAUGUAAACAGACAUAACCUCGGUAGCAACCUUUUUGAUGAAAACUUCGUGAUUUAAUAACCAUCAAUGUCUUUUGUAAGUCAACCUUCAAGUAGACGUCAAACAAAAAUACAGAAACGGUCACGUAAUGCAGUGAGCGCCAAGAAUAAUUAUUUUUAAUAUAAGAAAAAAAAUACUAUAAAAAUAUUUCCGUACAAUGUCAGGAAUAUUCCACAAGAGCUGUUACACGGCACGUAGCUCUGGAUACAAGUAUCGGACCCUGUCCACGAACACUGGAGAGCGAGCAAAACGACACGAAAGAGAGGAAAAUGGCUUAGACAAGAAAUUCAAAGAAUUGAGGAGAGCAAUCACUAUGAGAGUUAACAAAGAAGUAGACGAAACACACAAAGCUAGAGAAUCCAUACUGAAUAAGUUCGAAAAACUGGAUACUAAAAUAACUUCGAUGAUAGAGUUGCAGAACACAGUAGCUUUGUUAAGGAAAGAUUUGCGUUCUGUGGGAUACGCUUUGCGGCAAAUGGGUAGCAAAGUGGACAACAUCGAAAACUUGAAUUCUCGUACAGAAAUGUAUAGUUUACAGUCUCAAAGACUGUCUCUGAGGUCCCAAGCUCCUGCAAUAAAGGAGGAGGCUGAAGACCGUGACUCGAUAGUAACUCACAUUUAGUUCUCUAGUGGUUGUGACGCAUAUAUUAAUGCAUUUGUUUAAGUACGCACAAUUAUAUCUAAACUAUUGUUCUGUUAUCAAUGCUGUCGAAAGGUUAAGUAAUUAUUGCAUUAUACGGAAAUGUUUUCAUAUGUAACUCUUCAUGAUACGUAUUUUAUUUUCAAUUCUGUACCUACAACAAGAAAACUACGUAAGUACGAUGCAGACUAC